CAGGUGAUGGACCAGGCCCGGGCCGUUCAGAGGCAACUGAGCCAGAUGACUACAGGGAAGGUGGUGGUGGCUGUGAACAGGGAGGAAGAACGCGCCAUCAAGGACGCGUUCACUUGUGUGAUCUGUAAAGGACCAGUGUCGCACCCUAUUUUUGCAACAUGUUGCAAAUCCCUGGUGGGGUGCAGGACCUGCGUGGACACCUGGUACGACAGACCACCGCCAGCCAGUUGCCCGAAGUGCAGGAGCCAGGACGGCACUCGACAUGCCGUGACAGGGCUUAAUGAGGCUGUGCAUGCCCUAAGGGCAAUAGUGGAGAAUACAAAUUAA